GCGCUGCGGUCUCAGGUUUCUUUACCUCCAGAAAGAAAACAACUGACACCUUGCAUCCUGGAAGUUCAUUUAAGAGACUGAAAUUAGAGACUUCUUUCAAAUUUGGACAUGGCUAAUCGAGGAGCAACAAGACCUAACAGGCCAAAUACUGGAAAUAAAACAUGCCAGUUCAAACUAGUACUUCUGGGAGAGUCUGCUUUUGUCAAAUCCAGCCUAGUGCUUUGUUUUGUGAAGGGCCACUUUCAUGAAUUUCAAGAGAGUACCAUGGGGGCUGCUUUUCUAGCCCAAACUGUGUGUCUUGAUGACACAACAGUAAAGUUUGAAAUGUGGGAUACAGCUGGUGAAGAACAAUACCCUAGCCUAGCACCCAUGUACUACGGACGAGCGCAAGCAGCCAUAGUUGUAUAUGAUGACACCAACGAGGAGUCCUUUGUCAGAGCCAAAAACUGGGUUACAGAACUUCAGAGGCAAGCCAGUCCUAACAUUGUAAUAGCUUUAUCAGGAAACAAGGCUGACCUCGCCAAUAAAACAGCUGUCAAUUUCCAGGAAGCACAGUCCUAUGCAGAUGACAACAGUUUAUUAUUUCUGGAGAAAUCAGCUAAAACAUCAAUGACUGUAAAUGAAAUAUUCAUGGCAAUAGCUAAAAAGUUGCCAAAGAAUGAACCACAGAAUCCAGGAGCACAUUCUGCCAGAGGAAGAGGAGUAGACCUUACUGAACCCACGCAGCCAACCAGGAGUCAGUGCCGUAGUAACUAAACCUCCAGUUUAAACUAACUGGAAUGUUCUUCUGCUUCCUAAUUGUUAAUAACAGUGGAAUUGGAGCAUUUAACCAGCCCAGUAUGACUUCCAAAAAGAAGAGACUUACAAUAGGCAAGUUUCUAAUACAGAAUUAUUUUAAGUGUUUUGAACUUAAUUUUUAAUAACAUACAUGUGACCCUCUGACUAAUGUUUUAGCAGUGGAAGGGGGAAAUGAGAGCUGGGUGUACCCUUGUUUCCUUGGAAGGUUAGCGGGACUCAUUUCUCUUCACCAGUGAUAUAAACAAAUGAUUCUGAACCCACAGUUAACCAGCCAGUUCUGUGAAAAAGAUUUGGAACUUACUCAUUUGGACUUUUCCAAAAAAAUUCUUUCUUUGGAAGGAGGUUCUAAAGAUAUUUAUGCUUAGCUACCAUAUUCAGGCAACCUGUAAUUUCUCUUAGUAUCCUUAUUUAAAGUAUACAUUCCACAUUUUAACAA